CCCUACCACCGCCCAUACUACCCAUACCUGGCGCUGUGCUGCUGCUCCCGGCACUCACCCAGAUCCUCCAACCAACCAACCAAAGUUCCUCCCAUACUACCCGUCCAGCAAGUCUCAUCACCACUAACACCAACCCCCCCCCAAAAAUCCCUUCACAGCGAAAUCUUCGCGUCGUGUCUUCUGCAUCCCAUAACCACACCACCCCAUCCUUUCCAUCAUUUCUGAGCGAUUUUUUCCAUCUGGAUGACUUCGCUCAAUCCACUCCCCUUAAUUUUAGCGCGUUAAUCGGAUGCUGUGUUCCCCGAAAUAGACUCCAUGCUCCGUGACGAGCUUCUCCGGUCUAAGAACGAUGAGAUCGCACGUUGUUUGUCGUCGCGGAAGCGCAAACUGAGCGAGCUCUACUUUGCGACCGUAGGCUUCGCGGACGCGACCGAGAACGCCCCGGCGGACUCGCUAUAUCGCCAGAAGGAACAGGCCUUCCUUGACGCCAACGACCUCUCGAAAGGCCGCUACUUCAAUGAAGCUACUCUCCCACCAUUGCCUGACUAUGCAUCGAUCCUGUCGCGUAGGAGCAGGGAGGCGGCGGCAGCUGCAGCGCCGUCAUCACCGGUGCCAGCGGAAUCUGUACCCAAAGCCCAUGAUGCUGCUGUUGCCCGUUCACCAGUAAGACCAGAGAGUACUACUGUUCAGGUCGUUGCGAAUGGCGCGGAGCAACAGCCCAAGCACAUCCAGCUUCCGGAACUGAAACCCUCUGACUCUUUACCUGAGCCGUCAACAUUGGGGACUUCUAACCAGACUGCGCCUGUCACCGCCCCCCAUGCCUCUCAAAGGCCUGAUGUGUCGAUUCCGGAAGUUGCGCAACCCGUUCAACCCUCGGUUGUUAAGAACAAGGUGUCUUAUCCCACGCUAGAGACACAAAAAGGCAUUCGCAACAAUGAUAUCAUUGAUGCCAGUACAUCUCCAGCCCUGACGCAGCCAUCACCCACUGGAAGUGUUCCCCCGCCGGACGUGACGUCUUCCCAGAAGACGGAUGAUGCACGUCCAUCCAUCCCUCUUGGUCGAACCCCCCAGGUGCCUGAACAACCUCUCUCACCCGUCUCCUCAGCCGGCCCAUAUUCCAACAAUACACCGGCACCAGUCACUGUGUCACCAGCUACCAGCCCUGCAGAGGAGAUUAUCGAUAAGGCCCCAACUCCUAAGGACGAAGAGACUGCCAAGGCACCGACUAACCUGGUACCCUCGACACCCGACGAGCAACUUCGCUUGGAGGAAGCUCAGUCACUUCAACAAAGUACACUAUCAGCGACCAAACCAGUUGGGGACGAAUCUACCACGAAUCAAGUAAUCCAGGAAGACGUUGGCUCGACGCCGGUUGCCAUCAAAGAGCCCCCAAGUGAGCUCCCCGAGGUGAUACCUAGUCGUUCGCUGCUGGAGACUAAGACAGCCGAUGGAGUACUUGGAGCCGUGAACCUACACGAAACCCCUGCAAAACGUCAACCCGCCCCUGCUGCUCAAGUUGAGGCUGAUGCAAAGGUUGUGACCGAAGCGACCCCGGUGGUCAAGAAACCCACGCCGCCAACUCAUCCAGCUCUUCCUACUACAGAAAGGAUGACAACCAGAGUAUCCUCUGGAGCCAUUAGACAUAAAUCCGUUUCUGAAAUAUUGGGCGAGCCCCCCAAAGCAGCCUCUUCCCCAUCUGACAAAGGAAGUUCUUCAGAGAAGCCAGAAACCCCACGAGUUGCCGCUGGUGCGGCCCCUGACUCUGCAGCACGCAUGCGAUUCAAAGACCGGAAAGCGCGAGAGAAAGAAAGGACCAAGAUGUCUACAGUCGUAUUUCCUAAACAGCAGCAACAGCAACAGCCGCAGGAGAAGAGCGAGUCCAUGGAAUUGGUCCGUCAGCACGCGGGUGACCUUGCUAAGCUCAAUGAAGAGCAAGACUAUCUUUUUACCUUGUUCCAGAACAGAGCGUAUGCCCCUCCACGAGGCCAACAUCUCAGUACACUCAUCGCGUCCUCUCACAAAACCCUUAAUACCGCCAACCACUUCCUUGAUUAUCAGGAACAAAUGGAUUGCCGUACUCUGCGUCGAAUCUACUCCUUGCAGAAUGCGAAUAGGUGGCCUUUGCGCCAACUGAAGCGUUCGGUCGAGCCACCCCGGGAGGGGUCCCACUGGGAUGUUCUUCUGGACCAUAUGAAGUGGAUGCGCACUGAUUUUCGCGAAGAGCGGAAAUGGAAGAUUGCAGCUGCAAAAAGCUGCGCUGAUUGGUGUGCGGAGUACGUCAACAGUGACCCAGAGCAUCGAUCACUGCUUCGUGUGCAAGUGAGGGCACCGGCAUCGAAGUCAGAUAGCGGAGUUCAAGCAAAAGCAAGCUUGAUAUCGCCACCUGAAGAGGCGGUUGAUGAGAUGAUGGCAGUUUCCCAUCCUACGCCAGACCUGGUACCUUCAACCGAAGAAGAUUCUGUCAGCGAAGGAUUCAAUGACGAGCUACGUCAUGAUAUACAUGACACAGUUGCACCGGCUGCUAUCUUUUCGCUGGGUACCGAUGAGUUCACAUUUUCACUAGAUAUGACACCGGCAGCCCAGAAAAUUCUUGACGAGCUGCCAAUCUAUACACCAGUCACCGUUUCUCCAGAUACGAACAUGGCCGAAUUCAAAGAGCCUCCAGACUCUGUGUGGAAGACCGAGAUUCUCCCCGUUUCGAAGUAUGCGUCAGGCAAAAUCACGUUCCACGACGAUGAACCCCCUCGAAAACGUAGUCGCUACGAUUACUCGCAAUACAACUCUGACCCCGAGCAAGGCGUGCUGGACCUACCACCUGAACAGACUAACGUUGCACUUUUCCGACCCGAGAACCGACAUAUACGCGAUAGAAUCCACCCGGGACACUCAUUCAGGCCUCCAACUGAGCAUCCUAUGCCAUCGGUUGGCUUUUUCGAGUCCCGACAGUCGUCUCAAUGGACCUAUGCCGAGGAUGACGAGCUACGCCGUCUUGUGAAGGAGUACUCAUACAAUUGGUCUCUGAUUUCUAACUGUCUGACCCCAUCAUCGCAAUUUACCUCCGGGGCUGAAAGACGGACACCCUGGGAAUGUUUUGAGCGUUGGGUUGGCUUGGAAGGGUUGCCUGCCGACAUGUCUAAGACGCAGUACUUCCGUGCUUACCACCAAAGGCUUGAGACUGCACAGCGCACUGUCUUGGCACAGCAACAAGCUGCACAGCAACAGCAGCAGCAGCAGCAACAACAACAGCAGCAGCAGCAGCAGCAGCAAGGCAGCAGCAGCAGCAACAACAACAACAACAAUACCCAGUCAAUGCCUCCUGUUCGGAGGAGAACCACGCAACCUCUCAGGGUUGACCGGAGAAGGUCUUCGAAACACCUUGCACUUCUUGACGCUAUGCGAAAAUUAGCUAAGAAGCGGGAGACGUUGCUUCAGAAGCAGCAACACGCCUCCCAUCUAGCGUCAUUAAGAAAGGUCAACGAAGCGAACCAGCCAAAACCCCCAAUCUCAUCCCCUGCUGAAUUCAGUCGGCUCAAGUAUGAGCGUGAGCUGAAGCUCCAGGAGCGGCAAGAGCAAUAUAGGCAGCAAAUGAUUGCCCAGCAAAGAGCAAACCUGGCGGCUCAGCGUGCUGGUCAAAUGCCUAAUCAGCAGCCGAUAAUAAAUGCACCCGGGCGGACGCCUGGUGCAAUGCCCCAUAACCCUGGAACUGCAGCUAUGGCUGGCAAUACCGCCAAUGGCCUACCCAACGGGUUGCCUAACGGGUUGCCCAAUGGAGUGCCACCUGGUGUCGGUCCCAACCAAGCCCGUCCUCAUAUCCAAGGCCUGCCCAGUGGCACACCGGUCAACGGAUCUAUGCCCUCGAACCCCAUGGCUAUGAAGAUGAUGCCACAGUCAGGAAUGCAGCAAAACAACGGUCCUCGUCCUGGAAUGCCCAUGCAGACACCGCCAGACAAUACGCGCGUCAUGCGAGAGGCGAACCGGCUCCAAGAGCAACAGCAACGACUCCUGCAGUCCAGACAGCAACCGCCACAGCAGCACCCACAUCAGCAGCAGGCCCAAGCUCAACAAGCACAGCAGCAAUUCCACAGUCAACAGCAGUUUGUGCCUCAAGGAUCUCACUCUCCGAACAUGAACAUGCCCAACGUUAACGGCACUCCAAACAACCCUGCCAUGAUGGCGGCGCUCCAGGCCGGAGGGGGUAUGCAAAGCCCGUCUUUCCACAACACCACCCCUCAGGGUGUCUCGACGCCCUCACCCCGUAUGGGUCAACCAAAUCUUCUAUCUGGCGGGGUCGUACCGACCAUCAGUAGCAUACAAAGCCAGAUUCAGAGGACCAACCCCAACAUGACUCCGGAACAAGUGAAUAAACUGGCAACUGAUCGGUUGCACCAAUACCAGCAGCAGCGCAUGUCCCAGGUCGCCAUGAAUGCAGCUGCUGGCAACAUUGGCAGUGUGCAGGCCAACUACCAGGUCCCGCAUGACAGCAGUUUCCAGUCCCCUCCACAAGGGUUGAACGGUGGACCGGGCAUGCAAGUACCUCAAACACAGGGCUACUCGCCCAUGAUGCGUGUGCCUCAGCCCUCGCAGCAAAGUCGAGUCGGCGUGGGGAGCUCUCCAGCCAUGAAUGGAGCGGUGGCUCAGCCAAGCCGAAGCGUGACGCCGCAGACCCAGCGCAGCGGCAGCGCCCAGGCUGGCGCCGUGCCCGGUACGAGCAAGAGCCCCAAUCCUCCCCAGGCCCAGACCGCGAGUAGCUGAAUGCUCGAGACCACCCUCUUUUCUUCUUCGAAUGUAAAUAUUCUUCCACCCAUUCUAUAACCUUUUAUUCACCCCGCUGCGAGGCUCCAUCCUUUUGACCGAUGGCAUGAACUUUGCUGCUUGACGCUUUGCCCCCUGAUAUCCCGAUUUCUUUCUCCGCCUCUUACCUUCUCCCCCCUGCUCCGUUUUCACAUCCCCAAUCGUGUCAUCUUCCUUAUUGUGCCAUCUCCUGGCGAUGGCGAUCAUCCUGUGCCUGGAAUGCAUGGUACGCUUCCAGUCCCCUUUUUCCCGGGGUUCUUUUUCAUUUCAUCAUUUGCAAUUUUGUACUACAUGUAUUGAUAGGACGGAUACAAAAAGGUCGGGGGAUUCUUUGGACGUCAGUUGGAAUGGAUGACUUAGAGAGCAAGAGACAAACUAAUGGCUACGACUGUACGAUUAC